UCGAAAACGCUCUGGAGAGAGAGAGAUGAAGGAAAUUCAAAUUCCCAGGAAAAACUCUACGCGCUCAUCUGAUCCCGCAACGAAGAGGAUCAUCAUCAAGGAUCCUGAGCUCAAGAAUCGAAAGCUUGCGGAGAAGAGACAGAGCGCAACCGUCGGAAGCACGAAGGAUCCAUCUGAUUUCGAUCCGAUCUAUUUCGCGAUCUCCGAUCACGAAGCUGAGAGUUUCCUACAAGGAUCGAGUGUAGACCUCUUACCAACGCCAGAGAUUUGUGACGAAUCUCCAGUUUCAACCGUUAGUAACGAGGCUUUUCAAGUCAUCGACGCGGCGAUUGCUGCGGACUUGCCUGCUUCUGUGCAGUCCUUGCGCGCGGAGAUCAGCGACCUGAAGAAAACGAUCUGUUCAGUUGAGAGUUCUGAAGAAAGUAAACGCGUCGAUGGAGCUGUUACUCUCAAAUUCCGCGUUGUGGUUUUCGCUUUCGUCCUUUGGGCUCUCUUUGCUGCGGUUGUGGUCGGAGUCAGCUCAGGAGAGGAGGUUGCUUACUCUGGACCACUUCCAACUUGAAGGAUACAAAGUCACAACAAUCCAUUGAUUCUGUGAAUCGUCAGGAUCUUGGGUGCUGUCACUGAGAAACCAGGGGCCAAAAACUCAACUACUUAUUCGGAAGCCAAGCAUGUAAAAGGUGGAAGCAUAUACAUAUGGAAACAAUUCUACAGAUAAGUAUUUCGUAUUUGUUCUCUGAACAGUGUUGAGCUGAUAUUUCUAAUUGAUAUUGGCAACUUUAGUCUUAUUUAGUGGUUAAUAAUUGAUAUGUUUAAGAAAGCCCUUUAAAAAGAAACAAAAUGUUAUCUCAUCAAUACUUCACUUUGUUCUCCUUACUAAAAAACACUCCGUAUCACCCAUUGUCAUUCGCUUGUUCUUUGGGUGUCCAGAAUACGGGAGGCAAUCUAUGUGCCACCUUCAUCAUACUUAAGAGUGAUUUUUCCUUUUCUAAUUAACUUUUUCAUUGAUAAAUAAAAAUUAGAAAGAGAAAAAAGAUUAAUUACUUACUACAAUUGAUUAAUUGAUGAAGGUCAAAGAGGUUUGAAACUUUUGUUGUUUCCAUUUCUCUAGAAAAUAGCGAUUUUAUAGUGGUUGAUCCACCAAUUUAGGAGUAUUAUGAAGAUUUACUAAAUUAUUUGAUAAAAAAUUAAAAUGAUGUCCAUGUACCAUAAAGGAGAGUUUAAUAUAUAUUACUACAAAUUUAGAAUGUGUUUAGAUAUUUUAAAACAACAUUAAAAAUCAUAGGCUUCAGUAUAUAGAGCAUUAACCAAAAAAUUCAAUAUUUUCAUUGGGGUUGUUAACCUAUAGAUUUUGAGAUGAUUUAAAAAAAAUGAAAAUAUUAUUUUAAUGCAUAGUUGCAUC